AUGGGUACUUCUGUAAAUAGAGCAACAGCAUUCUCAAAUUCAAAAAACAACAACUACAAUUUCAGAAUUUCUGAGGACGAAGACAUUGGCACUACAGACUUUCUCGAUAUCAGCAACAUUGAUCACGAAGCCAUACGAAAUGACCCAGAACUGCGAGAGCUAUCGCGCAAUCCAGCUGCUUUCAACGACACGUUGCAUCCUGUUGGUUUUCACAGUAUGAAGCACACACACAUCUUGGGCCAAGAGGAAGAGCAGGACGACGACGACGACGACGAUGACUUUGGCGAAUUCAAUGAUGUGGAGAUGCUUGUGCAUAAUCCUUUAGAGGAAAAACGACAACGGCAAUUGGUGUCUCAAAUGUCCAAUGUCUCAUCUGUGCAGAAUGUACCAGCAUCACCACGACGACAGUUUCAAUCAGAAUUAUCAUCUGCCUCCUCAGCGUUUGACGUCCAUGAGACCAAUCGAUUGGAAAAGAAGAUUGCAGAUUCUGUGCAGUUUUCAAACAGCAACUAUCACGGCUUUUACGCAGUAAUGAAGCCUAUUGUGUUUCUCUUUUUCAUGGCAUUCUGGAUCACCAAAGAGCCCAUUAUUCGCACUGUCACGUUCUUCACCAUGGUCGUAUCAACAGUAAUUGUGGAUCCUCUCUUCUAUCUAUGGUCUCGAAUUUCCAGCAACAAAAUCAGCAGCACAAACACACGACGAAACAUCACACAUUGGUGCACAGCAGUGUUAUUUGGCGUGUUGUCCAUAUUGGCCGUCAGAUCUUUCUCUUUAAGCAAAUCCAUCCUACCUGCUUGGACUACCAACAUGGAAUUCAGUCUACCAUUCAGCACACCAUCACCGUUCAACAGCCUCGAUCGGCAGCAGAUUAAAAUCAUCAAUAAUGAAUACAAGGCACUGUCCUCGAAACUUGGUGACUUUCAGGAUCAGUUUCAAGCGUACAUCAAAGGGGUUGAUAGCGAACACACCAAGCUCUGGUCAGCCAUUCACAGUCAGCAGGCACAGAUCAGCGCAUUGCAUAACAAACUGGAUGCUGAGUUGCGUGAAUUACUGGUCUCUCAACAGCAGCAACUACCUGACAAUAUUCUCAUUCCAACAGACAAAGACAACACGUUUGAAUUGCCUGCCAAUUUCUAUGAGCACUUGCACAAUGCCGAUUCCUGGAAUCAAUUCCUCAAGCAAAACAAGGCUGCCAUUGACAAGUACCUGGAAGGACACAUGGAUCGCUACUUUGCCAAGCAGCAAAAGAACGGCGCAAUUAUCAGUAAAGACGCAUUUUUAUCGCUGAUUACCAACGACCUGAUGAAGCGUACAAAGGGAGGCAAACACGACCCUGAAGCGUCACUGUCUCUCAGUCAGCUCGUGGCGUCUGCAGUGGAAAAGUACCACCAGGACAUGUUGGAUACAGCUGAUUUCGCUCUGGAAUCGCGUGGCGCCCAUGUUAUCUUUACAAAGACAAGCCCCACAUUUGAUCCAGUGGGUCCCUGGAAACGACGGUUGCGUACAUCUUUGGGCCUCUCUAUCAUGAUUCGUCCUCCAGAGAUGGCUAUCCGUCCAGACACUCACGCAGGUGCAUGUUGGUCAAUGGCUGGUCAGCGAGGGACUCUGGGCAUCACUCUCAGUGAGCCAAUUCUCAUUCAAGGUGUUACCAUCGAACAUCCAUCAAAGAAUAUACUGUUGCAUGACAUUGACAGUGCGCCAAAAGACAUGGAGAUUUAUGGAAUCAGCAAUUAUGGUGUCUAUGGCAAGGAAGAAGAGUUAGUUUCGCUGGGUCGAGUCUACUAUGAUAUCAACAGCAGCAGCAAGCCCGUCCAAACAUUCACCAUCAACAGCAAUCCCACAGAAACUUAUCGUGCCGUACUGGUCAAGAUCAAGUCCAAUUGGGGUAAUCAAAAACAUACUGACCUUUAUCGUAUCCGAGUUCAUGGUAUCCCUCUCUAA